AUGACGGAUCAAUAUUAUUCGAACACUAACAAUGAAAAUGAAAGUAAAAUUAAAAUCUACGUUCAAGCUACAUAUUAUUCAGCACUUUGUUAUUUUCAUGGAUGUGGUGUAAAACAAAAUAAAGAUUAUGCUUUAAGCAUCACAAAUAAUUUAAAAGAUAGUAAAGCUGUUUGCAAUAUUUAUCAAGAACUGAUUGAAGUUGAUGA